AUCCACGCAAUUGGGAUCGAUGACAUGCAUCAACCAAGUCAGCGAGCCUGACCACCCGAUGCCGUCAUCAUCCCUGGGGGGUACGACAAAAUACAGUGAAGAAAAAAGUGUACCUGACCAUCAUCAUGACAAGACCCACGAGAAGGCAGGGGAUACUCCGGACCGCCGUACUUGUGGCGACGCUCAACUACAGCAUUGCGUUCCUCUUUCGAGGAGGUGACAACACCGUGCGUCCUGUUAAUCCAUAUGGAUUCAUAAAUGAGACCUUGACCUUGACUUGCACCGUGACGACCGCGCCUGGCAACAUAUCCGGAGAACUAUACUUCAAGAAGACAUACAAGAAUGAGGUCAAGGUUCUUCCUAUGCAGUACAUCACCCCAACAAGUGACCGAUCCAUACGACUGGACUACCCAAUCACGUCCGAACUUGACCAAGGCCAGUACACGUGCAUUAGGAAAACUAAAGGCUUCAUAGCCGAACAGCGUGUGCAUGUUGAAUAUCGGCCCAAGAAGGUGGAGAAGAUCGACUGCCGUGUGUUUGACUGGAGGAACAUGACCUGCACGUGGGACCUGGGAGUGGACUUUAUACAUAAGGACAUGGUGAAAUCCGAACUGUAUUGGGAAAUCAAGGGUGGAGCCAACAAAUGCCCUCACCCUGGGGAGAAAACCUGCACCUGGCGAGAGAUUGAAGAAGGGAACAGACUUUAUUCCAAUUUGAAACCAUAUCAAACUUACUUCAUGCAAGUUAACGUAACUGUCCACACAAAGGAGAGUGAGGAAUCACCACUGGCUACUGCGGCAUCGGACGUGUUUUCUAUCAAUCCACUAAAUCUGGUGGAACCAGCUCCUGUGCAUUCAUUGACUGUAGAGAAUAUGACCAGCACGUGUUUGUAUCUCCUGUGGAACCAUGGGCAACAGUCUAUGAGGCGCAUGAUGUACACAGUGCUCGUGCUACGGGAACGGGGUUCUGUCUUAAAGUUCAACACCAGUGAAAGGGAGGUAACUGUGUGUGACCUACAUCCUGCCAGGAGAUACGAGCUGCAAGUGUCGUGUAUCCCGUUACCACAUGGAUCUAAUACAAUAAGAGGCUUUUACAGUGACUGGACCUCCAUAGAAGUGGAAACACUUGAAGACGUACCGAGCGGUGUCCCCGGGGUGAGGCUAGGAAGCUUCGUUUCUGGUGACUGUGAGUCAUCACCGUGUUAUGCGACGAUCUACUGGAAGGCAAGUGUUGCAAAGAUUACAUCAGUGACGUGA